UUACGUGUGUGUUGGUGUUCGGACUGGGUGCUGUUUUCGUAAAAGAGAUCGAAUGACUGAGAUUAUGGAAUUAUCGCUGGGUUGUCCAUUACAGUCAAUCGUGUUAAAGAAUUCUUUAUGAAGUGUAAAAUUUGACUAGCUUUUGAUCUCUAAUGGAAAAAGCAAAGUUUGAUUUUGACUGGACUUGGAUACAUAUAUUUUAGGAAUUGUCAACUUCAGAACAGGAUUUAUUGUGAGAGAAAUGGCGUCUGCUAAAGUUUCAAAAGUACGCCUCAGGUCCUCUGCUUCUAAAAAGGAUGUGACUGAUGGGGACAAACCUACCCCUAAUAUUAACAAUUACGAUCUACUCAGUACCGUGGGAACCGGUACGUUUGGUCGUGUAGUCCUAUGUCGAAAUAAAGAAACCAAAGAAUACUGUGCCUUGAAAGUCCUUCAGAUCUCACUGGUGAUUCGCCUGAAGCAGAUAGAACAUGUCAAGAAUGAGAAAGAGAUUCUGGCAGCAGUGUCUUGUCCCUUCAUUGUUAAUAUGCAAUGGGCGUAUCAUGAUGACAGAUUUCUAUACAUGUUACUGGAAUAUGUACCAGGAGGAGAACUUUUUUCAUAUCUAAGAAACCAUGGCAGGUUUACAAACAGUAUGGCAAACUUUUAUUCAUGUGAAAUUGUGUCAGCCUUAGACUAUCUACAUAGCAAACAUAUAGUGUAUAGGGACUUAAAGCCAGAAAAUCUGCUUCUAGACCGCAGUGGACAUAUCAAAAUUACUGACUUUGGAUUCGCCAAGAAACUGGAAGACAGGACUUGGACCUUGUGUGGUACCCCUGAGUAUCUGGCUCCAGAAAUUAUCCAGAGUAAAGGACACAACAAGGCAGUGGACUGGUGGUCCCUGGGUAUCCUCAUCUAUGAAAUGUUGGUGGGCUACCCUCCUUGGUUUGACGACAAUGCCUUUAGAAUAUAUGAAAAAAUCAUUGAAGGACGCUUGGAGUGGCCAAAGCAUUUAGACCCAGUGGCUAAGGAUCUGAUAAAGAAAUUAUUGGUGCAGGACAGAACUAGGAGACUGGGGAAUAUGAAGAAUGGUACAGAGGAUGUGAAGAAGCACAAAUGGUUUAAGGGUGUCAUCUGGGAGGAUGUAGCUCUACUGAAAUUAAAUCCCCCUAUCGUUCCUAAAGUCAGCCAUGCGGGGGACACCCACAAUUUUGAGGAGUACCCAGAGGACGGAUGGAAGGAUGCACCCCCUGUUUCAUCAGCUGAUCUAGAGAACUUUGCCGACUUCUAAUUAUACCGUCGCUUAUUUCUGACUCAAAGGAUUCCUUUCAAGUUAAAAUGCCAGGGAUAAAAAGUCAUGUAACUUUGUUUAAAGUCCAUGUCAGCAGCGCAUAUGUUGAGUGGUGCCUCCAAAGUGAAAUAUUCUUUUAGAAAGGAGGGAAAAAAUUGAUGUAUUGAAGUUGUGAGCCUCCACAUGUAGAAGAGGAAAGUAAAAGUAUACUUGUAGAAGUAGUAUAAUGAGAUUAUGCACAGGGAAAGUUAAAACUGAAAAAGGAUAUUGCUGGACAUAAUAUAUUAUGUGUGUGUUAAGGUUUUAUAAUUGUGUGUUAAUAGAUGUAUUAUAAAUGUUACUGGUUGAUGAAAAGUAGCUCAAGAGUUUGAGAUAAUGUACAUUUAUAGCUUUAAUAUAAGAAUUUUUUUGUUGUAUACUUCUGCAAUUUCUGAAAAUAUAUUUUUGCCCCAAAGAUUAAUUUUAAGAGUUAUAAAUACACAUUUAAAUAGAGAUAAAUACCACAGGCUUCUCAUCAGUGUGUUUUCAAUUUAAACUAAGAAAAUUAAAUUCUACUUCUAAUGAGUUAAUUUAAUAAAGCAAAAAAGAAUGAAGUAUUUUGAUAAAGACACUUACUGAUUCUUAAAUAUGCUCUUUUAAAACAAAAUGAGUGUACCCUAAUAUACAUUUUCAUUUGUUUUUAUGAAAUUUUUAAACAAAGACUGGGGCAAGAAUUUGGCCUUACAUGUGCAUUUCUAAUUCUUAUACAUUUACUGGUACAUAUAGUUGUAAGUAUAGAUUUACUUAGAAUUUUUACCUAGUAGGUCUUAAAAGAAUGUGCCAAAUUCGAGGAAUAUUUUACAACCCCCCAGGAAAAUGAAAUUCAUCUGUGUGAAGAUUUUCUCACAACAUGUUUACAUGUUGAAAUACAGUGUUUGUGGAUUACCCUUAACUCUUUUAAACCCUGAAACAUAGGCUUAUCAGUGGAAUAGUUUCUGACUUUUAUUUUAUCUUUUGAAAAAAGAAAAUCCUAGCCAGGUCUUUUCAUAAGAAUUUUCAUGAUUUGAACUUUUGAAAAAUAAGAUAUUUUAUUGUCAGAGAAGUAUAAAUAGGAUACAUUUAAAUAUAUAUAUUUAAAAUUAUAAAGUUAUGUGCAUUUUGUUUCUAUUUAUUCUGAGCUGUUUAUGUAGUAAAAUCCAUAAAUUAUUCUCUGCAAUGCUUCAUAAUUUUUCAUUUACAUCUUUAAAAACAGAACAAAUUGUGUUUUCUUGUCAUGAUUUGAAAGUUUUUUAAAAUUAUUAUUUAUUUAUCAAAAUUAUUUCGCUAAGAA